AUGGCCUCAGUCCGCUCUUUAGGUCUCCACGAGCCCACUGGAAUACCAUACCUAGUGGCCGAGUCGAAGCUUCCAGCGAAUCCGUCCGAAGACCAGUUUGUGUGGAAAACCUGCAAUGUCGACAAUGGAACUGGAAACCUGGUGGAGGAGGAGUUGAUAUUUACAAAUGACUGCGUGGUGUGGUCUCGAGGCGGGGUCGUCAAAAGGGCCUUCAGUUUUGACAUUGAGAAAGAGGAAAUAGUCGACGCCCUAUUUGCUACUUUUUCAGCUAGUCUUACCAAAGGACAAUACAGAAAGGGGGCAGGGAAGAGUUUAGCUGUCGACAAUGCAUCUCGAAGUGGACCUGCCACCGUAAAAACGAAGCUGAAAGGGAAGAAGUAUCACCAAGAGAGAAAUAACGCCAUAUCAAAACCCGCAGAGGUAAUUUCCACACUUGCUGCUGGUGACGCAAAUGUUGAAAGCACUCUACCAAGGGCGCUGGUUGUGGUUUUGAAAUCGCAAGCACACAUAUUUUUUGUCAACGGCGACUCGCACAUUGUUCCUCUUCCCUUUGAGGUUGAUGCUGUGUGGGCUUCAGCGCGGGGUCUCCUGUUCCAGAGAAAAAUCAGGGGAGAGCACAAGAAGUCUGUGCCGGCGCCUCCUCCCAAUUCUUUUGUAUCAUCGCAGACCGUACAUCAGAGUUCAUUCACACUUUCUGGGGGAAGUGAUGCUCGACCCUCCCUUACCUUGUCUCCUGCUCAGCCCUUGAAGUGGAUUCCAAAGCUAGACGACAAUGCUUUGCUCCCCCGAGUGUUUUGCCUCGUGGACCCCCAUUCCGAAAUGGGAUUGGUUGUCGCUGCUAAUCCAUCUGUAGCAUCUCAAGACAGAGGAUCAAAUUUUGAUGCGCUUGAUUCCGAGGAGGAAGUAUUGUACGUCUCCGCAAGGGAUGAGGUCACAAUGUCCAUGUCUAGAGCAGACGAGGAACAUCCCUUAUUAUUUGUUGUCACAUUAAAUGAGAAGACGGGAUUGUAUACCAUCUGGACUGCUCGAUACAGAGACAGAGAUUCCGCUCUUUCCCAGUCUAAAAGGCGAGCAUCGACUACAAGUGGAGCCUACUCGAAGCGACGGAGCUCCCAUUUCGAUAUGACGGGUGUGAAUACACCAGGUGGUCGGGGACCAUCUGGGCUCCGCGAAAGCUUUGGUGGAUUAGGUCAGGGCCGGUCUGUUUCGGACAUGUACAGACCGAACCAAAAGCAAAAUGGCGAUGAGGAAGAGGAUUUGGCGUUCAAACUGGGCCGCGAAUUUGACGAUAUAGGUGCUUCAAUGAGGGCAUCAAGAAGAGUGAGUUCAUUGCUUGCACGGGCUGAUCUCGGCUCCAAUAAUGACAGAACAACAUUUUCGGAAUUUGUGACCGGAAACCAGAAUGCUUCGUCAUUUUACGGAGCUAGGCGGGGAGAAUCUUUUGGUGGGCAAAGUUCGCGUGCAAGUUUUGGGUUCCAUGCAAGAAACUCGUUGCCUCCAGGGAGCACCUCAGUGUAUAGUAAUGGGAGCAGUUUUCUCGAUGCCCCCGUUGACAAAUUCUUAGAAAGCCUCAACAACGGAGGUGACUUUGAAGGAUUCGAUAAUAUGGGCCUUAGAGAGACAAUUUCUGGUUUACCAAGGGAGAUGAUGCUUGCGAAGGUUGAUAGUUUUUCUUCCGGAUUAUCAACCGCACGCAGUGCCCCGAAUUUCUCCAAAGGCCAGAAAUUUGAAGUGUUUACAAUUUCUUCGUACCAGGAUGCCUCUCCGGACUUACCCGAAUCCACAUCUAUUGCAAUUUGCAUACUGAACAAGAAUUCAAAGAACCUGUCGGUUGUAAGUCUUCUUGCGACUGAAACUUGUGCUAAACUACAACCUAAAUCUCGUCUACGAAAGGACAAGAGAAAAGCAGGUCUGGAUGACCGAGGUUUCACUGUCCGGGCUACGGCCAUACGCCAUGGCUCCAAUGUAAUGGAUUGUUGUAAAAUCGUCGAUGGUGAUAUAUCGCGAAUACUCAUUUUGUCCUCAACAAUUGAUGGUAAAGGAGAAUUAACACUACAAGCACCAUGGAGUACCCUUGUCAAAAUUGAGCUCCCCCCUAGUAUGACGAUAUAUGGGCCGCAUGGGGUGUCCAUUACCAACUCUCCGAACCGACCACGGGAAGGGAGUUUGAAGAGAGUUCUUAGUGAUGGGUCGUUUAACCUGCUCGGUUUACGACAUUCUACGAAUCGGGGCAAGGUAGAUGUUAUUGACACGCAGGGCCGGAAACACAAGAUUCAAAUCCAGCUUGAGCCACAUAAUCCUCAAGUUAAGCAGAUUCUUUCUGUUUGCAAAUUCGUCUUGCGGCAGGGCGAUAAAGUUGGUGAUGGAAUUCUUGUCGGUUGGUGGGAAGUUUUAAAGUGGUUGCAAUCAAGGGAGGAAAAGGAAAAUGAUACCAAUUUAGAGUGGACUGCGGUGGUGAUCGUCCUCUUUGCUAUGGCCGUUUAUUUUAUCGAAGGUAAUCCCUCCAAACCCCUAUCUAGAAAAAGGCGGAGAAGGGGCGACUUCCUUCGAUCUAGUAGCGGAAGUUCAAUUGAUCUUGAGAAUUGGGAUAGUAUGUUGGACCAAGAAGCUGGAUCCCGGGGUAUUGCAUCCCCCUGGAUGAUGAGUUCUGCAUGGGGGUGGGCUACAGAAGGAGAUUCGAGGACCCCGGAAGAAAAUCCUUGGGCAGAUCUUCGGCCCGGUCUUGAAUCCGGAGCCAAUUCCCGAAAGAAUUCUUAUAUUCUCCGUUGUGCCGCGUUAUCCAGGGAGUUCCUUCUCUCUCCACAGGGUGAAGCAGCAAUUGGUGCGGAGGGUUAUCUUCCAACAGCUGUUUCUCGCGACCAAGACACAAGACGAACCGCUCUUGGAACAAUAUUAGUGGGGCUUCAUCUACUGCGUGAGGAACAGAAGCUCUCUAUUGUCGGUGCAGAGACUUCCUAUUCAAAAACUGGACUCCUUGUCCCCGUCUUAGCCCAAAUCGGUGGAUGGUUGAGAUGGAAGUCCUGGGAUUGGACUGAUAAUGGAUAUUAUGGUGUUGAGAUGGCAAGCAUAGACCAGUGGUUGUUUGAAGAAUCCAGGAUGUCAAAUUUGGACUUGCCGGAAGAACCUUUCCCACCCCCUUCGAUAUUCUCCUUCAUUGAAAAAUCGCUUAACUACGAACAAGCAAAUUUCUUGACAAUUAUCGACAUUGUAUCGAGCUCCGCUUCUGGUGCUGCGGGGAAUUGUAUCUUAGAGCAAGCUAUGCGGCUCACACCACGAACUCUAGCCUUAAAUGGGUUCAUUUCUGAGAUAAAGAAACAAACUACUGUUACAGAGCGAGUGGAGUUGCUCCUUCGUUGGGGUCUAACGAGCUCUGUAAUUGAUACUCUUCCAGACGGUAUCAGUGCUUCUCUUCAUGAAGCGAUCGUUCGAUGCCAGCCAGCACCGCCUAAUUACUGGGACAGCUCACUUCUCGCAUUAGUCGACAGAGAUGAUCUUUUCAUGUCAAUGACGGAAGACGGGGCAAGUAGUCCGAUGCCAAUAUCUCCGUGUAUCCAAUCCCACGAUGCUGUACGGGACGUCCAUUCAAUUGGGAGCCAGUCGUUGGACGGAAACUCUGUUAGCUCGUUCGAAGUUUCAGCCGAAGCCGAUAGACAAUCCAUAACUCGACUCAUUUUCCGCGAAGAUCGACGGUUUUACGAGGCCUUUAGAAUUCUUAAUCAAAUGAAACCUCCUCAGGCAGAAUAUUUCCCUGCUCCGGGUUUGUCUGAGUCGGAAAUACUUGAGGCUCAGAAAGAUUUGGUUCAGCUUGUGGUUGUGCGAACUUUGUCAGUUCCUGCUGGGAGAGCAAUGAUUGGAUUUAGUGGCAGAGUACCACUCUUGACGGAGAAGUUGCCAAUCCCUGCGUUUUCUUUACAGUGCAUUGUAAAACCUUCUAAUGUGACAAUUAGCGCCGACAAAACGGCUUUCUCUGAGGAUAAAGUUUGCUGGGCAUUCUUUCAUAAUGGGGCAUCGACUGGACUGGCAAUUUCAAGAGCUGCUAAGGGCAUCGAUACAUCCUGGAUCUUGUAUAAUAAGCCAAUGGAACUGACAAAUAGGCAUGCUGGCUUUUUGCUUGCGUUGGGUUUGAACGGGCACCUAAAGUCUCUAGCGAAAUGGGUCGCCUUUAAGUAUUUAACUCCCAAACAUACGAUGACCUCGAUUGGUCUUCUGUUAGGGCUUUCCGCCUCAUAUAUCGGCACGAUGGACACUCUGAUAACACGUUUACUUUCGGUUCAUGUAACCAGAAUGUUACCCCCAGGAGCCGCGGAAUUGAAUUUGUCUCCAUUGACACAAACCACCGGAAUUAUGGGCAUUGGGUUGCUCUACUGCAACUCUCAACACCGACGGAUGAGUGAAGUUAUGUUGUCAGAAAUGGAAAAUACCGAGCAGGAAGAGCCAUCAAUUUCACAGGAAAUACUACGAGAUGAGGGCUAUCGUUUGGCUGCAGGUUUUGCCCUGGGAUUUAUAAAUCUUGCUAAAGGUAAUGAUCUGAGAGGUUUGCGUGAUAUGCAUAUUGUGGAAAGAUUACUAGCUCUUGCUGUUGGGACAAAAAAUGUGGAGGUUGUUCACAUCCUAGAUAAAGCCACUGCAGGGGCGACAAUUGCGCUCGCGAUAAUAUUUAUGAAAUCAAACGACUCAGCUGUUGCCGAAAAGAUCGACAUUCCUGACACUACUGCUCAGUUUGAUUAUGUGCGGCCUGACAUCUUUCUGCUUCGCACAUUGGCUAAACAUUUGAUUAUGUGGGAUUCUAUAACCGCAAGCCACAGAUGGAUUAAAAGUAAUCUUCCACCGAUUUACAGGCAGAGAUAUCGGCUUACAACAGUCCGCCGCCUAUGUUCUGAUGAUAUGCCAUUUUUUAACAUCCUUGCAGGGCUUUGCUUUGCUAUUGGGCUACGAUUUGCUGGCUCCGGUGCCUCUCAUGCACGAGAUCUCCUUGUGCUAUACCUUGAUCAGUUUAUACGUAUCUCUCGGUUCACUGUGCAUAACUACGAUGAAAAGUUAGCUCGCAAUGCGGUUCGUAAUUGUCAGGAUAUUGUUGCAUUAUCUACAGCCGCCGUCAUGGCUGGAACCGGAGAUAUCAUAGUUUUCCGCCGGCUUCGGUCACUCCAUGGUUAUGUUAGUGGAGAUACUCCUUAUGGAAGCCACAUGGCCGUCCACAUGGCUGUCGGCAUGCUCUUUUUAGGAGGGGGAACAUAUACACUGGGAACCUCGAAUCUUGGGAUUGCGUCCCUGCUCUGCUCCUUGUACCCCGUAUUUCCCACCACAGUCCUUGAUAAUAAAUGCCAUCUUCAGGCUUUCCGCCAUCUUUGGGUCCUUGCAGCGGAGUCAAGGUGUCUUAUCCCGCGCGACCUUGAUUCGCGGCGUCCGGUGACCGCUCCAGUGUCUCUGACAUUUAAAACUGGAGAAAGUCGGGUUACAACAGCCCCUUGUUUACUUCCUAAUAUAGACGACGUUGCUACUGUGAAAUUACAGAGCCCUGAUCACUGGGAUCUGACCUUGGACUUCGCUGGCAAUGACGUGCUCCAGGACAAAUUCCGUUUGGGUGACCAAUCUGUUUACCUUCGCAGGCGAGCUGCUUACAAUGCAUCCAGCUCCUCAGAGUUCUCGUCCUCGCUCAUGGCACUGAGCGAUGCCCAGGAUAUAUCUUCGUCUUCGAUGCCGAGUUACUCCAGACCAGGAAACACCGUGCCAAAUGCAGUAGUCCCUGUCCUGUAUUCCCAAGGCAAAUCAUCCAUUCAAGUCCGAUUCCCUGCGCGUCAACUGUGGGAGUGGAUUUUCAAUCUUCGUGCUUUCCGAAUGUUUGAUAUGGGUGAAAAGGCGAUGGUCAUCCCUUCGGUACCAUCUCAGCAACCAAUUACAAUAUAUGCCAGGGACCAGUCGAAAAGAGCCAUUAGUUCACCCUCCUGGCUGCGUCCAAGUGUUGUGGAUACGAGGCUUGCGCUUGACAGAACAGUUCAGCAGUUGGUGGCUGCUGCAACUGGACAAGGAGGUGGGGAUGAUAUGAUCAAGGACAGACUCUGGCAACUAAGACUCCUUUUCGCGUGGAUGGAUUCGAAUGAUGUGUCAGAGGGGCAAGAAUCCUCUGAUGGGGAGACGGAUGGAAGGAAGAAACUUAAAGGGAUGUGGCUUAAGACGGACAUAAUUGAAGAUGCUCGAUGGAGAGUGUGGGGCAUCCAAGUAGGUGACAACAGCAAACCGUCACCCAGUGAAAAACAUGUCCAGUGCACCGAGGAAUUGCCUGUGUGUAGCCGAUGCGAGCGACUGAACCUCCAAUGCAUGCGGGGUCUCAAAUUGCUUUGGAGAGAGGAUGCGGCGCAGAGGGGAAUACAUUUUGGUCGGGAAGGAAUAUGGUCGAAACGUUCUUUAAAGGCUGAAUCACCGACUAAAACUGAGCUGGGAAGCGAAUUUCAACCAGUACCAAUAGAUCAAUAUGUCGGUCGAUGGUUAUUUUUAAACACAACAUACUGUGAUUUUGGUGAUGGAAAUCGCAAAGAAAUAGAUACGAGCGCGGUAAUGCAGUUGGCGGUUUCUCAGUCGACGAAUGGUUUGGACCAUCUCUCCCCACACCAGCCCCUACAUCAUCCGCUGGCGCAUUAUUCUCCCGUCGAGAGGCUUCUUCUUGACUAUUUUAUCCGUGGUAUCGCUCCAUUCUGCUCGCUUAGUCCGGGAUUUAAUCCCUAUCUAUCACUGGUCGCAUCAUUGGCGUUGAAUUAUCAACAGCCUCAUGAACCGCUGAGGAAUAUUCUUCUUGCUAUUGCUGCGAAUCAGCUUCAGCUCAUUGGCGACCGCAGAUAUGAGAGGGAGGCAUAUAUGUACAAACAAAAGGCGCUCAAUGGACUGCAGAGUGAGAUUAAUGAUAAAAAGCCAAGUGCUGGGGCUGUGGCGACGAUAACUGAUGGGUGCACCCCAUCCUGGACGACACAUCUUCGAGGGGGUCUGCAACUCAUGGCACUGCUCCCACAGCCGGCAUGCGAAUUGAAGAGAUUCUUCGUCAUGUAUUUUGUGGCUCAUGAUAUUAUGGGUCGAACUGGCGUUGAAGAUCCCUCGACGGUAGAACAAGUAGACCAUUCGUGGCUGGAGGAUGAUAACCUGGAAGAGAUUGACAUACUGAUGGGCUGCUCUCGAGGCCUAAUGACUUUAAUAAGUAAAAUAUCGACGUGCGCUAUGGAGAAGGCAAAGAUCGUCCAAACCCGCAAACUCACCCCGUCGGAAACCUCAGCUUUCAACGCAAGGCGGAAUGAUAUCGAGGUCGCAUUGCGAGGCCUCCAACAAAAAUUGCCUAGCUAUGUUUCAGCCCACGACGAUCUGCAAUAUAUUGCCGGAACAAAACGACUGACAGCACUUCUUUACCUGCGCGAACGCCUGGGAAGCCCCAACGGCCUCAGCUAUUUUCAUCCCGUCGAAAGGCAUUAUCACUGUCACAAUGCCCACAAUGCCCACAACAAUAGAAUCAACGCGCCUCCCAUAAAUAAUGCCACUGGCCCGCGCGCUGUCGAGAUGUCACCGUCAGCUUUUAAAUCCCGCAUCGUCAAUCUGAUAAUAAGUCUUAUAGAUAGACUCCCCGAUUCUCCCACUCUGCUCUGGCCAUUGUUCAUCGUUGGUAAUGUUGCGCUAGACGACGAGGAGCACCGCCGUUUCGUUCUGGACAGGUUGAUGAAUAUCCAGAAAACACGCAAUUUGGGUAGUGUUCGGAAAGCGCGCAUGGUUGUUGAAUGUGCGUACCGCGCAAGGGAUGUUGAUUAUCCCCGUGGCAAGUUUUGGGGGAACGAAGGACCGGGAAUAAUUAGUUUGGCGUGA